CAUUGAGGACUCCCACACAGCAUGAACAAGGACUGACUAAACGGCAUGUCAUGGGUCUUACUGCUCUCCACGCAUGCACAAUGGACUCCCAAUUUACAUAUGUCUUAAUUUUGCUUUUGAAUAUGUUUGAAUAUUCAUCAGGAAUAAUAUAUAAUAAAGGUGAUAUGAAGAGAAGCUUUGCUUGUUCCAGUGAAGGCUUCCCCAAAGACAAUGAAAUAAUCAAGUUGUUUCUUUCCUUGAAUAACUUGGAAAUCCACUGUUUUUUCCAAACUGAAGAUGAACUCACUUCAAAGGGAUUGCUGAGUGUGUUCACAUCUGGAGGUCUCGCUCCCAGCCUGGAAAUCCUAAAUAGUACUUACCAUGGCAUCUUCCACUUCAAUUUAACUUUGUUCAGUGAUCGGGUUUUCUGGUUAAUUGAUAUUCCUAGAGAAAACAUCACAAGAAACACAGAUAUUGCAGCUACAGAACAAUGGCUAGUGAGGAUCUCUUUACAUCAAGGAUUAAAUAUUUAUACUACUGAAGGAACUCUAUUGGAUAGUAUUCGAGAACCUAUUCUUCAGUGGAAUCUUGGAAAUGUAAUGACCCCAGACCAGCUCAGCUUAUUAUAUCCACAUGUGCUGGAUCUCAAAGUGGCAAAGUGCCCCUGUGCCAAUGAUGUAGCAUUACUUGGCUUUGUUAUGAAUUCUACAUAUAGUGGUGUUUUUAUCGGCGUUACCUUCUCUGGAUUCUGGAAUUACAAUGAUACCACAUGGUAUGAUUUGACCAGUAUCAUGUAUUCACAACUUCAGGAAGAACAUGCAGAGCUUACACUGAUAGACAUGGUCUUAGCAAAUCAUUAUUUAGUUAUGCUCACCUCUUUGGGUCUUUAUGUAAGUGAAGAUCUGCUCCAUCCAAGCAAUCAGAUAAUAAAGCUCUUUAGGGCAGACUUUUGUGGCUUUGAAAGGGUUGACUAUGUCAAGGGAAGGUUGUGGUACAAUGAAAGAUGUUUUGCUAAUAGAGAACGUUUUGAAGUUGACUAUGUUACUAUCACCUUUGACAGGAAUAGGACUCUAAGUGAGUCAAGCUCUUGUUUUUAUAGUCAAGAACCAUUCCUUAAUUGGAUGCCUUGCAUACCAUAUAAUUCCAAAAGUGUAAAAUCUUUGCCAAAGGUGAUAACAUUUCUUGUUGAUCCAGAGCAAAAUACUGGUGUUUACCUCUUCAGUGAUAUGGCUACCAAACGUACCAUGGUUACUGUGAAUGUUCUACAGGAUUCACAACCAAGUCUCCAAACCAAAUUUCCUCCUUUCCACUUUCCUGCCUCAUUCUCUAACCCUCUUGGGAUGGUGUUUCAUCCCCGAAGCCACUUUCUUUAUGUUUAUGGAGACCAGAUCUGGAUUUCAAUGGAUGGUGGCAACACGUUUGAACUAAUCUGUGCAUUUUACCAUAACGUCAUUGAGGACACUUACCAUAGCUUUUAUACUUCAGAUAUUGUUUUGGUUUCCAUAAAUAGAAGGAUUUACUUGACAAAGGCAGGACUACAAGUAUUUACUAGAAUUGGAAUCAUUGAUGACCCAGUUUUCACAUUAUACUAUGAUCACUUGGGAUUCAUACAUAAACUAACUCCAGAUCACUUUGACUCUGGUGCAGAAGUUGGAGCCUUGGGAAGUUCUACAAGUAUUUUUGGAGAGGCUCCUGAUUUGGGCUUUGAGACUGCACUUGCUCCACAGUAUAUCUCCCUUAAUGAGAUGGCAUUUUUUGCAUACGCACCUCUGAACGAACCUGUGAGCACUGUCCGUUCAAAGAUAUUUAGAAAUGUUCACUUUGGAAAACUGAUACAUUCUGGUAAAUCUGGAGUAGCUGCCAUAAAGAAGGUACUGCGGCAUAAGAAGCCUGUAGGAUUUUUGACCUCAGUCCUCACAGAACUGAUAGAACCCUUUGCAGUAGAAGAAGCAAAUGAGAGCUCUUGUUUGUCUAGCUCUCUUUCCAUUGAAGAAACUCAUACUGCCUCCUAUAAACUUGUUCUUGAUCCACAAGUCACUGACGCCUCGUUUGAAGCUACGGAUAUAGAGAAGACAGUGAUCCUUCCCGGCUUCAGCAGUUUCCUGAUCACAGAGAUUAUAGAUACUAAGAAUGCUUUGGCUUUGGCUACUAUGCCUAGGAGUGUACCCAAAAAUACGACCUUUUUAAAAGGCCAUUGGUACUUACACAACUUUGGACAAAGGAAUGGACGGACAUGGAAAAUAUUUUUGAAACCAUGUAAUUAUUUGCUACAACAACUUGGUGAGGAUCAGUCCAUCAAUUCUGUGAAAUACAUUGAUGUGGGAAACACUCAGAAGCUUGCUGUUAAGGUCAUACCCAACACAAAAGGUAUUCGGACACUUGACAUGCCAUUGAUUAAAGUAUUAGGGAACCCAAAUUUGUUGGAUGUUUCAGUAAAUGGCUCUUUUGACAAUACUGACAGUUAUUCAAUGGACAUCUCUGUGACUAGCAGAUCUGUAUAUCAAGGUUCCACUUCUCUGGCAUUGGUUAUGUGGGAAGCCUCAUCAGAGUGCUUCGUGACCACGCUGGUGCCCACACUCAAAAGCAGCUGCAGUUACCUCAGGGCUAUGCGCCAUGUCCCCAGAAUGGCCAUCCCGCCCGAAGACUGGCUUAGCGGAGAACACCAAGACAGUCAGGGUUUCAACAGGAUCAAAACACUGCCGGUAAACUACAGGCCUCCAUCUAAUAUGGGAAUUGCUAUUCCACUCACAGAUAAUUUUUAUCAUGCAGAUCCUAGCAAACCCAUACCUAGAAAUCUAUUCCAUAAGUCAAAGGAAACAGGGAAAUACAAACAGUGCGCUGGCGCCUCCAACCGGGAGGAGUGCAAUUGCACAAAUGACCAGAAGCUUUCAGACUCUGUCGCUUUCUCCGACUGCAAAGAAAAAGUUCCACGUUUUAAGUUUCCAGUUACACAAUAUCCAGUUACCUUGGAAAUUUACAGCGAGGAUGGACUUAUCCCGGUGAAACCUACAUACCUGGUCACAGUGACUGAAGUUAACACGAGGAAAAACUGGGAACUAAGACACACUAUACCUGAAAAUAUUAAAAAAAUGAAAAGAUAUUUGGAACCAGUUCUUGAUGCUUCAGUAUAUAAUCCUUUAGGUCUCAACCUAAGUAUAAAGGGUUCUGAGCUGUUUCACUUUAGAGUGUCUGUUGUUCCAGGGGUCACUUUUUGUAACUUAUUGGAAGAAUUUCAGAUUUACGUUGAUGACGCGCCAUUGCCAUUUCCAGGACAUACGCUUAUUGCCGUGGCAACGGCCGUAGUGAUGGGGGCGUUGAUUUUUACAGUAUUUAUGUUCCAGCUGCGUAACAUCCACCCAGGGGCAGCAAUUCGAAAAUGGAUUCAAGGAAACAAAGUGAACAUAUCAAAUAGCAGUGUCUCAUAGCAUAAACUAAACAACAUCCUACAUCUCAUUUCAUCAGACAAAUCCCAGAACAACAUGCUUAAGUGUUAAGUUUACAAAACAAAACCAGAUAAAAAUACUACAGAAUUACUAUUAUAAUUCAAAGUAUUAUCUGCCAAUAAGUUUACAAUUCCAUUCUCUUAUUUUGAAUACAUAAGAAAUUUAUUUCAGCACUUA